UAUCCCGCCCUUACCCCCCGCGGUUUGUUUUUUGAGGACCGCGCCUUUCAUUUGCCUGCUUCUAAUCCAAUCCCUUUCUCUCUCCGCCGCAAAUGCCGUCUCCGCUCGCCGCCGAUUGCCGAUAAGCUAAAACAACGCAGUGGCGAUUACCUCCUUGGAGCAUUUUCUCUAUUCAUCGAGCGCUGCAAAUUUAAACAUUUAUACUCAAAAAGGUUUUUUUUGUGAAAUGAUGUAGUUUCUUAGUGAGGAGGAAUCUAUCUGGAGUAGAGCAGUAACUGAUGACUAGGAACACCAUAUGACGCAAAAUCUAAGAAUUCCAGGUGAAGGUUACCAAUGUGAUGAGAAGCUUCCUAAAGAUAAUUGGUCUCAACAUGCCAAGGCACUUGAUAAUUUUUCAUCUUCAAAAAAGUUUUUAAGUUCAAAUUUCCAUUUUUCAUUAGAAAACCAGAAGCCAAAGAUCGAAGGUGCCAUGGCCAUGAGGUUAACCUGCUGUCAAAUGCAGAGUUUUCAAAGAUUGCAGAGCACACAAGUUGAGAAGCAAAAACAGCAGGCCUCUCCUCCUGACAAUGUAGAUGGGCAGGCUUGGCAUACUCUUUCCGGUCUUCAGAUUUCUAGCAGGAACUGCCCACAACCCGGCAAAACUGGUCCUCUUAAGAAUGCAAGAAAUAACUUAUUGCAGACUGUUGGUCAAAGAUCUACAAUUCAAAGCUCAACUGAUGGCGGAAAAUAUUCUGAAUGCUCCCAUGUACAUCGAAAUGAUAGUGAAUCCAGUGCAAAGAAUAUUGAAUCUGAAAAAUACAUCGGCAAGUUUGUGCCAGAAAAUAAUGCUAGAUCUGCUGAAGCUGGAAAUGGCUUACGGCAGCAGAGUCAAACUAAAGGUUCAGCAGCUAACAAUGUUCAGUUUAAAGCAUCAUCUGGUUCAUUCAGCAAUCACAAUGGGUAUACUAGUCAUAAUAUGGAGUCUGCUGAAGCUUCAACUGAUUUUAUUGAUGAUGACGAUCUACUUGGGAAUAUUGAUGUGGACCAAAUAAUUAUGGAACAUUACCAGUCUAAUUGCACACCUCAACCAUCAAUUUCCAAGUUUCCACCCAUAACUCCAACUGUGAACAAAAAUAAUUUUCCACUGUUUGAGGAGAAUUCUUUGCCACCUGAAUUGUGUGAAAACUGCAAUCACGGUCAUAAGCUAGGACUUUGCCCGGAUUCUGAUAAUCACUUGCAAGAAAUGAAGGACAGGCUAAUUGCUGUGUCAAAUGAGCUACUUGACAAUGCUAUUAACCUGAGUUCAGUGCAGAUAGAGAAACUUCGUCAAGAUAGGUUACAAUUAAAUAAGCAAAUACAGCAGCUUGAGAGUUAUCUUCGUGAUAAAGAAAGGCAGACGUCACAUUUUUCUGCUUCCACAACCAGUCGCAGUUACCAAUUUGAAACACCACAAUAUGCUGCUAACAAAAUAGAUCCCAUCAGAUUUGAUGCACAAGUUCAUCUAGGAAAUGAAUCUGGUUGUCAUGGAAAUUGGAAUUCACCAUCCGCUUCAUUCUCCUCUGUAGAUAGGUUUGGCAUUUCAUCUGGUCCUAUAGAGAGGGAACCUUACAAUCCUAAGUUUGUGGAGGUUAAUUACAGUGAAGGUUCAAAUGACCCAAAGUGGAGCAGCACAAAUUUCCCUUGGACAAAAAAGUUGGAGGCUUACAACAAAAAGGUGUUUGGAAACCACUCAUUUCGUCCCAAUCAAAGGGAGGUUAUUAAUGCUACAAUGAGCGGAUAUGAUGUUUUUGUAUUAAUGCCAACUGGAGGUGGAAAAAGCCUGACAUAUCAGCUACCUGCUCUAGUUUGUCCAGGAAUUACCUUGGUAAUUUCACCUCUUGUGUCGCUUAUCCAAGAUCAGAUAAUGCAUCUCUUGCAGGCGAAUAUAUCUGCUGCUUACUUAAAUGCCAGUAUGGAAUGGACUGAACAGCAGGACAUUUUAAGGGAACUCAGCUCUGAUUCUUGUAAAUACAAGCUGUUAUAUGUCACCCCAGAGAAAGUUGCCAAAAGCGAUGUUCUUUUACGAAAUUUGGAGAGCUUAAAUGCUCGGGGGUUGCUUGCCAGGAUUGUUAUUGAUGAAGCUCACUGUGUGAGUCAAUGGGGGCAUGAUUUUAGACCAGAUUACAAGGAACUUGGUAUCUUGAAAAGGAAAUUUGAGAAAACUCCUGUGCUAGCUUUAACUGCUACUGCAACAGCCAGUGUAAAGGAGGAUGUAGUGCAAGCUCUUGGUCUUGUUGACUGCAUUAUUUUCCGGCAAAGUUUUAAUCGUCCAAAUCUAUGGUAUUCAGUUAUCCCCAAGACAAAGAAGUGCUUGGAUGACAUUGACAAGUUCAUUAAAGAGAAUCAUUUUGAUGAAUGUGGAAUUAUUUAUUGUCUUUCAAGAAUGGAUUGCGAAAAGGUUGCUGAAAAAUUACAGGAAUGUGGACAUAAAGCAGCAUUUUACCAUGGUAACAUGGAUGCUGCACAACGUGCCUUCAUUCAGAAGCAGUGGAGCAAAGAUGAAGUCAAUAUUAUUUGUGCCACAGUGGCAUUUGGAAUGGGUAUUAACAAACCAGAUGUUCGCUUUGUAAUUCAUCAUUCUCUUCCGAAGUCUAUUGAAGGCUAUCACCAGGAGUGUGGCCGUGCGGGUCGAGAUGGUCAGCACUCAUCUUGUGUGCUGUACUACAAUUACGGUGACUAUAUAAGAGUCAAGCAUAUGAUUGUCCAAGGACAGAAUGAGCAAAGUCCCUGGACUCCUGGGUAUACUCGUAAUAAUAUGACAAAUUCAGAUAGGGUACUGGAGAAAAAUACUGAAAAUCUUCUGCGGAUGGUCAGUUAUUGUGAAAACGAUGUUGAUUGUAGACGUCUCCUUCAACUCUUACAUUUUGGAGAAAAGUUUAAUACAGGAAACUGCAAAAAAACAUGUGAUAAUUGUUCCCAGACUAAAGCUUUAAUGGAGAAGGAUGUUACUGAGAUUGCAAAGCAAUUGGUUGAACUGGUCAAGUUGACAAAGCAACAGUUUUCAUCAUCUCAUACUUUAGAAGUUUUCAGAGGUUCCUUAAACCAAUAUGUCAAGAAAUACAGACACGAGAUUUUGAGUCUGCAUGGGGCAGGAAAACAUCUGGCCAAGGGGGAAGCUUCCAGAAUAUUGCGCCAUCUUGUCACUGAUGAUUAUCUUGUGGAGGAUGUGAAGAAAAGUGAUGUUUAUGGAUCUGUAUCAUCAGUGUUGAAGGUCAAUGAAUCCAAGGCUUACGAUCUAUGCUCAGGCAGGCAACAUAUCAUUUUAAGAUUUCCUUCAAAUGUAAAAGCAUAUAAACAGAGCAAACUUGAUUCAACUCCAGCAAAAGGGUCACUGACAUCUGGGAAGCAAGGCCCUCCACAAGUUGACGCUUCUGCACAACCUCAAUCUGAAGGGGACUGGGACCUAUCUGUCAAGCUAUUUAAUGCUUUAAAGAAGCUCCGGUUUCUCAUUGCCAAAGAACUUGGUGACAGGGUUAUGGCCUACCACAUAUUUGGUAAUGCCACUAUGGAGCACUUAAGCAAAAGAAUUCCUAGAUCAAAGGAAGAACUACUUGAGAUCAAUGGCAUUGGAAAGGCUAAGGUGAGCAAAUACGGAGAUCGCAUACUAGAAACGAUUGAAUCUACUAUUAAGGAACACUACAAGAGUAAUAGCAGUAGCAAUGACAGCAACGAUUCAGCAAAAAGGAGAAGAGAGGCAAGUAAGGUUUCAAAUGGAAGUGCUGAAGAAGAUGAUCACUUCAUUAAUAGCACGGGCCGAUCAAAGAAAAGGAUUGCGAAGCUACAUAAUAAAGAAACCGAGGUUUAUAAAUCGUUCGAGAAUGAUAUCAACCAAUGCCUAGAUGAUGACUUAGAUUUUGAAGAAGCAGCAAUGGAGGCUGAAAAUAAUAUUAAUGGAAGAGUACUACCCUCAUGGUCAACGCCCGGAAGUAAGGUACAUGAUUCAAACCGUAAUGUGUUUCAACAAUAUGCUAUGAAAAAGUAAAUUUAUUCUAGUUGUGUACCCUAAUUUUGUUGUAAGUUUUUGUAAGAAAAUUCUACCUAUUUAAGGCUUGAUAUGUAUUGUACACUUUUUCAUCUUAAAUUCUGUUAAUGGCUAUAUUAUUCAAAUUAGUGGUGAGAAAAAUUCGGUGAACCAUAACCGAGCUGAUUUGAUUAAA